CAGGGGCGGGAUCCUGCCUGACUGCGCGUCAGCCGCUGUCGGUGACGUGACUUCUUGGCCGGCCAGCCCGGGGAGGCAGGGCUUGCCGUGUCAGGGCGAGCUGUGGACCCCGCCGGGAGUGUCCCAGCUUCCCUUCCGGACAGAGGCUGCCUUCCAGAAGCUAGUGCUACCGUUGUUACGCUUUCGAAAACUUCCUAGGAUCUUUCUGUUAUUUUUCUCAAGGUUAUUGCACAUUUCCGCCCUCAGCUUUCCUGUGGGGUGUCAUCAUAGCCUUGUCAAUGAGAAGUUGGGUAACUUCUCCGAGGGUCACGGAGAGAAUGGGUGGCUGAGGCGGAAGAAACGGAAGCAAACUCUGCCCCCAGUGGGAACCGGGCGUUCGGUGGUGGAAUCCCCAUUGCGGUGUAAACUAAUCAGCGAUGAGUUAAGGGUAUAACAAGCUGUGUUUGUCACAAAGUGAAGAAAGAAGCGGGAAGAUAUUCAAACCAAAGUCUUUGUGUCUCUUGUUGGUAUACUGCAACAAGCAAAAAAGUAAAGCAGCCUUGCUACCUAGAGUGUCAUUUAUCUCACAGGUUCUUUUGACAGGUUAUGUCAUAAGGGAGAAAUGGUAGUAAAGGAAGUGAAGUAAAUGCAAGUGAAAGAAGAUAAAAUGAUCUGCCUUCCUAUCAAGAUUGGAAUACAUAUGUCAAACGAGAGGUAGCGGAGAAGCAUGCUCUGUAUUCUGCUGAAAAAUUAUUUUGUCCCUCUCAUAGGGGAGGGGAGGAAAAUCCUAAAGUGAUACAGUCGUGUAUAAAGCAGAAAAUGAAACUUGUUCUUAGCCCUCUCCCCAACCACAGACCUGUCAUUUACUCCAUCCUUUAUAGUGAUGCUACAGGACAGAGAGGAAUGGAUAAAAACAUUGGUGAGCAACUCAAUAAAGCUUACGAAGCCUACCGACAGGCAUGCAUGGAUAGAGAUUCUGCAGUAAAAGAACUACAGCAGAAGCAGACUGAGAACUAUGAGCAGAUAAUACGUGAGCAACAGGAACAGCUGUCACUUCAACAAACUAUUAUUGACAAGCUAAAAUCACAGUUACUCCUUGUGAAUUCCAGUCGAGAUAAUAGUUAUGUCUGUGUUCCCCUGCGUGAAGACAGUGAAGCAAAGAAGAAUAAUUUGAUUCUUGAUGAGCCACAUGAGAAAGGAAAAUCAGGAAUACCAAGAGAAAAUGAAUCAAAGGUAAGAAGACAAGAGAUUUCUUCUCCAAGAAAAGAAACAUCACCAAGGAGUCUUGGCAUUCCUUCAUUCCAUGAAAGGGGUUCUAUAGAGAAGACUUUCCGGGAUCUGAAAGAAGAAUUUCAUAGAAUAUGCAUGCUGGCAAAAGCACAAAAAGACCACUUAAGCAAACUUAAUGUACCAACCACUGCAACUGAGACACAGUGUUCUGUGCCUAUACAGUGUACGGAUAAAACAGAUAAGCAAGAAGUGCUGUUUAAGCCUCAGGCUAAAGAUGAUAUAAAUAGAGGUGCACCGUGCAUCACAUCUGUCACACCAAGAGGAUUGGCCCGAGAUGAGGAAGAAAACUCUGUUGAAUCACUUUCUAAAUUCAAUGUCAAGUUUCCACCUACAGACAGUGACUCUACUUUCUUACACAGCACUCCGGAAAGACCCAGUGUCCUUGGUCCCACCGCAUUUGAGGCUGUGUGCCAGGAUACAUUUAAUAUGGAGCCCAGAGACAACCCGGGAAACUUUGUUAAAACAGAAGAAACUUUAUUUGACAUUCAGGGCAUUGAACUCAUAGCUUCAGCUAUACAAAACCUUAAAACAACUGACAAAACAAAACCUUCAAGUCUUGUGAACACUUGUAUCAGGACAGCUCUGGAUAGAGCUCCGUGUUUGCCACCUGCAGACCAUAACAAAUUAUGUAUAAAUACAUUCCCACUUCAGGACCCAUCUGAUGCACCUUUUACUUCACUUGAUUCCCCAGGAAAAGCUAUCCGAGGACCACAGCAGCCCGUUUGGAAGCCCUUUCCUAAUCAAGACAGUGACUUAUCGGUACUAAGUGGCACAGGCUCAGAACUGCGUAUACCUCGAGUAUGUGAAUUCUGUCAAGCAGUUUUCCCACCAUCCAUUACAUCCAGGGGGGAUUUCCUCCGGCAUCUUAAUUCACACUUUAAUGGGGAGACUUAAGACACAUUUGAAAACAGACAUAUCAAGUUCUAUGUGAUGACUUGGGGUUUGUAAUACUAGGUACUUGGUUGCAAAUGUAGUUCAAGAUCAUUUGUUGAAAAAUCAGUGUCACAGAUGUUUGAGUUUUUCCUAAACUUACACUGUAACUUUCUUGUAUUACCUUUUAAAAGAUCAUUCUGUAGAAAACUAAUUCAUUAUAUUCAUGUUUACAGUGUUUAUUACCAUAAUUCAAAGUUGUGUGUGUGGCUUAUGGAAUUGUGUAACAAUAAUUUAUGUUUGCUUCAGUUGUCUAAGCUUAUUGCUUGGAUUUCUAGUUAGAUCUGUUGAAUUUGGUGAUGUCAUGUUUAUAGGGUUUUUUUCAUUUGUUUUCAUUUUAAGUUUUUGAUUAUUUAUGCUAUAGGUGAUGUUCUUUUUGAAUAAACCUAUAAUAGAGAAUAGCAUCUAAGUAAAUACAAAACACAAGACAUUUGUUGCUCAGUGAUAAAAAUCACUGAUAGGAUUAUUUAAAACACUUUAGAUUGUUGGGGUUUUUUUAUUAAUAGAUAUGGCUUUAAUUUUUACUGUGUGUCUAGCUACAUGAUGAAACAUUAUGUUGUGAUCAUUAAUGUGUUCUUUGUUCCCGAACUGAAGAAAUAAAUCACAUUUGGGGGAAGUUUAUAAAAUCCUUGUUUUUUUAUCCAGUAACCUGAUAGAAGGGUGAUACCAGUUCUGGUGACAUUUUAUUACAACCAGUAGGUCACUGGAUUUUAAAAUUAUUUUUCAAACUAAACUUU